UUACCUGCGUGAACAGAGCUGCGCAAAGAAGUAAUUUGUGUCAUCGUCUUCAUUUCGGAGAAGCAUCCCGUGGGCAAAUUUCGGUGUUGAACUGAAUUAGGAAAUUGCUUUGUGUCAGUUGGAAACAAUUUUACCAUGUCUGGAGAAGAACAAAUUGAGUGUCCACUAUGUAUGGAACCUUUGGAAAUUGACGACAUCAAUUUCUUUCCGUGUACAUGUGGAUACCAGAUUUGUAGAUUCUGUUGGCAUAGAAUCAGAACAGACGAAAAUGGAUUGUGUCCUGCUUGCAGAAAGCAAUAUCCAGAGGAUCCAGCAGUGUUCAGGCCCCUCACAGAUGAUGAGCAUGAUCUCAUAGAAUGUUCUCAAUAUAGACUGCAAAGAAUCAAAAAAGAAAGAAAGCAGAAAGACCUCCAGAGGAAACAAAAAGCAGCGGAAAACAGAAAACAUUUAGCAAAUGUCAGAGUUGUUCAAAGGAACCUUGUAUUUGUUGUUGGUCUUUCCAAAAAAUUAGCAGAACCAGAGGUGUUAAAAAAGCAUGAAUAUUUUGGAAAAUUUGGGAAAAUUCAUAAAGUUGUCAUCAAUCAAAGUACUUCCUAUGCUGGAGCACAGGGUCCAAGUGCUAGUGCUUAUGUGACAUACCAUCGUUCUGAUGAUGCUCUCCGGGCCAUCUUAGCUGUGAACAAUGUACAUGUUGAUGGUAGAACGCUGAAAGCUUCAUUGGGUACAACUAAAUACUGCAGUCAUUUUCUUAGGGGUGCACAAUGCCCUAAGCAAGAUUGCAUGUAUUUACAUGAACUGGGUGAAGAAGCAGCAAGCUUUACAAAAGAAGAAAUGCAAGUUGGCAAACAUCAAGAGUAUGAACAAAAACUGCUUGAAACAUUUAUGAACUCCCAAAAUACUGCAAACAAUCAUGUGACAGGAACAAGCAAUAAAACUAUACCAACAAGAAAAAAGGCAACAUCACCCAUCCCGGUAAACCAGACGCCCACUUCAGGGACGCCACCACAACAACAGGUCUCUACAUCAGAACAGAUUCAACAGCAACAGACACCUCCAAACAACACCCCCCCUCAGCACACACAGCCAAUCCCUAACACAUCCAACAAAGAAGCCUGGCCGUCACUACAGACAGGGAGAUCAGAACAGCGUCUCACCAAUGGUAACAGACCCAACCACAACCAACAGAAACCAGAUACACAGCCCCUACCCAAUCAUAACAGAGCCCCAGGCAACCACAAAGCUCGCACAAAGACAGAGGCUGACAUAGAAAACAAUGCACUUAACAAUACAAUAGACAAACCAACAGACACUUCUGCAAAGUCAGACAUACCAACAGUAUCUCCCCCACAGAGCACAUCGUCCCUGGGGACAGGGUCUCCAGUGUCCCUACCCCCAGGCCUGACUACAUCAACUCACAGCAAGGCUCCCCUGGGUGCACAACUAACUGCAAGAUUGAUGGCCAACCCAGGACUGAAGCCUAUACUGUUUGACAACCCUGCCCAGAGUCUUUCAUUGUUCAGUAAUGGCAAUGGCUUUCAUGGCAAACGAUUCCAAAAGUUACCUGUGCCAACAGUGCCAGCAGAGGUUCCAGAGCCAGUUUCAACCCCAGAAAUUGCAGAGUCAAUUCAAGUGACAAGCUGUACUGAUUGGCAAGCUGCUUUUGGAUUUGGACCAAAAACCAGAGACUUGCCAGAUGAUGAUUUAGGUUUUGAUCCUUGGGAUGAGUCAUCUAAAGGUUUGGCAGACUUGCUAGAGAAGGAAAAUGGUAUCAGCCAAACCCACAGACCAAACUAUACAGAUCAAAACAAUCGCUCCAACCACCAACCCCAAAGUUUGCCACCAGGCUUUUCUUUAAGUCAGCUACAGCAGCAACAACAGCAACAGAUGCAUCAUCCAGCAUUUCUUAGACCGGAUAUAGGUAACAAUGGAAUGCUAGGGUUUAUACAGCCAAAUAUGCCUCCACCAAACUCAUACCACAGUAUGUUUGAUGAUGGAAAAGAACAAAAUCAUGUCAAUGCUCCGCGAGAUGUGUUCAACACUAAAGAUUGGCAAGAUGGUCUGCGAGCGUUAUUGCCAAAUAUUAACAUCAGUUUUGGUGCGGCACAGCAAGCAAAUAACGCAAUGUCUGCACACACUUCCUUACAACAGCAACAAAAAAGCUCAGCGUUAUCGUCAGACAGUCCACCCCACUGGUUAAAGUCUAUUCACCAGCUCACAGACAUAGAGGGAAGCCACACUAACAGCCAAAAUCACAGACUACCUUUUGUGCAACAGUUCCCCCUCAGAAACACAGGCUGGCCCACACAGACACAGACCCCUCCCCCGGGCUUUCAGACAUCCAUCAGACCUCCCACACAUCCCACAGAACCUCACAAAAUCUCGGAAGGUUUACAGUAGCUUUAAUCACCUACGACAGACAGAAGACAAAGAUGUUUUUUUUUCUUUCUACAAAGUCAACCCUCAUAGCUUAUCUUCUACCCCAAUGGCAACUUGAUUUAUGAUGGGCAGGCAGGAACUAAUGGCAUAACUUAAACCAAAACACUGGUUACCCUUACAUGUCUAUUUAUUUUGUGAUGUUGGAAAUCUUUGUGUAUUCAAACAGUUUUUUUUCUAGUUUUUAUCAUCCCCAAAUGUCCAUUGUGAAAUUUUCCUUUAAAUAUUCAGCUAUGAAGUCUGACAAAGGAUGGGUUUGUUCAGAACUAUUUACACCCUUUGAAAGAAGAAGAAAAUGUGUGCUACAACAUUGGGAUUUAUUACAUUUAAUCGGUAUAUAAAACCAUCUGUAUAUAUACCCUUGAAAAAAACGUUUUAUCCAAUAUGUUGAACAUUUGAACGGUAGGGAAUAGCAGUAUCCGAGUAUUUCUCGAGAUUGGUUGAUAAGUUCUAUAGAUUACUUACAUUUCCUGCAGACUUAUUAUGUGAAGUGACCUUUCAAUACUGAUUAUCGUUUAAUGCAGGGUGUAUGAUUUGUACUGUAUAACAAAUAAUUGUUUGUGUGAUACUUGAAAUCGUGAUGGAUGCUAAUUGCGAGUUUAUGCAAAGGUAGAUAUCACAGGAAAUGUAAGUAAUCUAGAUUAGUACUGAAACACAAAUCUGUAGUUUGAUGUUUUAUCCUCAGUGAAAUAACAGUAGAAGUGUGUUCAGGUUUACAGAACUAAUGGUCCAUCCAUUACAUGUAUUAUGAUUUAUAUGAUGUUCAUACUGUCAUCAAAGGACUAUCUUUAUAUAAGACUAAGAUUAACAAAAAUGCAUUUAUAAAGUGAAGAAUUAAAAAAAAUCUGUUGAUAGAUAUAUUCGCAGUCGGUUAAUUCAAUCCUUAAUUUAUUGAAAUGCUUAGAACUUUUAGUGGUAUGGUAAAGUACAAUAUACAAACCUUUUACAGAGUUGUGAUGAAGUAUUUGUGAUGCAUUAGAUAUAGGUUGAGUGUGAUAACAAGUUUACAAGGCCAGUCAUUGGUCAUUCUGAUAAACAGGAGUAACUACACACAAUGAAACAGUUCCUUGCAACAAACUUUACAAUCAUUUUUUUAGGUCACCUGAGACAAAGUCUCAAGUGACCUAUUGCAAUCGCCUUUUGUCCGCCGUCCGCC